AUGACUGAACUGUCAGCAUCUUUAACUCAGGUCCAACAAGGACAAGUCCAAGAAGACUUUGUUGAAAGCCACACUGCAAACAUGAAUGAUGGCCAUGAAAGGCGAAAUAAUGAACGCAGUGAAUCUCAGAGCAAUGGACAGACGCAAAGUAGCUCCCAGCAAGUGCUAGAACAGGAUGAGGAAGAAGAUGAGGAGCUUACAUUAAAAUACGGUGCCAAACAUGUCAUCAUGCUCUUUGUACCAGUUACCCUCUGCAUGGUUGUGGUUGUGGCAACAAUUAAGUCUGUCGGCUUUUACACGCGGAAGGAUGGACAGCUAAUUUACACUCCAUUCACAGAAGAUACAGAAACCGUGGGACAAAGGGCUUUGAACUCCAUUCUGAACACUGCAAUCAUGAUCAGCGUAAUCAUUGUCAUGACUAUUCUCUUAGUGGUACUUUACAAGUACAGGUGUUAUAAGGUCAUUCAUGGCUGGCUCAUCAUUUCCUCGCUGUUGUUACUGUUUUUCUUCUCCUUUAUCUACUUGGGUGAGGUGUUUAAGACGUACAACGUUGCCAUGGAUUACAUUACUCUGGCCUUGAUGAUCUGGAAUUUUGGAGUGGUUGGCAUGAUCUGCAUUCACUGGAAAGGACCCCUCCUUCUACAACAGGCCUAUCUCAUUAUGAUCAGUGCACUCAUGGCUUUAGUGUUCAUUAAAUAUCUUCCAGAAUGGACAGCUUGGCUCAUCCUGGCUGUAAUAUCUGUUUAUGAUCUCAUAGCUGUUUUGUGUCCGAAGGGGCCUCUCCGUAUGCUGGUGGAAACUGCCCAAGAGAGAAAUGAAACCCUCUUCCCAGCCUUAAUCUAUUCCUCUACAAUGAUAUGGUUAGUGAAGAUGGCAGAUGGGGAUCCUGGAUUCACACAGAGUGGCUUGAAGAAGCCAACAUACAACAUGCAAGUGCCUGCAGUCCAGGAAGGCAGUGAUGCUGCUACAUCUGAUGAUAACGGGGGCUUUGAUUCUCAAUGGGAUGAGCAGAGUAAUGCAAGAAUUGGACCAAUUGAUUCCACCCCAGAAACCCGAGCAGCUGUCCAAGCCCUUCCAAGUAAUGCACCUCCAAGUGAAGACCCUGAAGAGCGUGGAGUGAAACUGGGACUGGGAGACUUUAUAUUCUACAGUGUCCUUGUUGGGAAGGCUUCAGCCACAGCUAGUGGAGACUGGAACACAACACUGGCUUGCUUUGUUGCCAUUCUGAUUGGUCUGUGCCUUACUCUUUUACUCCUUGCCAUUUUCAAGAAGGCUUUACCUGCUCUGCCCAUCUCGAUAACAUUCGGACUUGUAUUUUACUUUGCCACAGACAAUUUAGUACAGCCUUUUAUGGACCAAUUAGCAUUCCACCAGUUUUAUAUUUAA